AUGUACAGGGAGGAAGUAGAUCACCUGGUGGACUGGUGCAGACUGAAUAACCUGGUGCUGAACGUGGAUAAGACCAAGGAAAUGAUCAUUGACUUCCGGCGGACUCAGCCUGAGCAGGCUCCCCUCAGCAUCAGAGGCGUGGUGGACAACGUCCUGACACACUGCAUGUCCACUUGGUACUCCAGCUGCAGGAAGCCUGUUGUUGAAAGGACUCAGACCUUCUCUCAGGCAGAGGAGAAGGAUAACAUCACCAUCAGACUGGACAUUCAGACCCAAACCGACAUGUCUCUCAUCAGCCUUGUCUGUUUUUUCCGGUCAAACCUUCUUAAGGUUUUGUUUCGGUUGAUAAACGGCGUUGAGGUCUCAGAGUCUCAGCAUCAGCAGUUUGCAGGACGGGUUCAGUGGGACAGAGACGCUCUUGGAGAAGGACAAAUCAGACUUCAUGAGUCCAGACCCACAGCUGAAGACUCUGGAAGAUACUGGUGUGAUCAGGUUGGACAUGACAAGACCACGAAGCCAACAGUGCUGGAGACCUCUGAUCGAGACUGGGACAGAUUUUACUUUGACCUGCUGACUGAUAAGGAGGUAGAGUUAUUUACCACGUGAGCUGAUUCACCUGCACCAGUUCCAUCCCACACUGCCCUCUGUGGGAUCCUGUCUCACUUCUCACAGUCUGUGUCCAAACUGAUUCAAGGAAGCAACAUAAUUCAUGCUGUACAUAUUUUAAAGUGUCUAUUUACAUAUGUCCAGGACUGUAUUUAUAUAUCUCUAUAGGAGUGUGUGUGCCUUCCUGUCAGGCGGCUCCUUGAAUGUAGUUGGACCAUAAAUCACAGUGAACAUCAUGGUUACAGGUGUCAGGGUUGUGUGUUAGUGCAGCUCAGAGUGCAGACUGCUUCAAAAGC